AUAAACAUCGUCAAACUGGGUGCCAAAAUAGUGGAAAGGUUCCUGAACCUGGCUGACGAUAACUUCGUCGAAGAUGUCAACGAAGACCUAAAAUGUUUUAUAGCCAAAAAAAGAGUUGACAGUGUGUUGGUGUUCCCGCCUGUGAGCAACUAUCGUCGCUUUCUCAUACACCGUUGUGUUGAGCAACUUGACUUGCCUGAGCUGACAACCUUUUCCAUUGGAGUCAGUGACGAACGCCGUACCAUUGUUUGUUACCAGGAGAAGCUGCUGAGUGAUGAAGCUUGCGCCUUACCAGCCAUGGGUCUAACGCAGACUGAUCAUGAGCCGACUUUUACACGAUCAAACGCUGCGGUGGGAGGUUGUAAGCCGACGCAGUCGCAGCGUCGCCCGCAGCCUCAGGAAAAGAUCAGAUCUGGAUCGACGAAACCUCGUCGUCCAGAUAGAGCCGUGUAUGUGCCGCGUGCUCUCAGGGCAGCGGAAAACCACGCCGCGGAAGAGAGCAAAAAUAUCGACGCCAAACGAAUUAGUCAAACCGCAGACGGAGCCAAAUGUCCCAAAUCGCCCUCUUCUAAAGAGAAAACCACGCACGGGUCGCCACGAAAGUCUGUGGACAAGAGUUUCUGCAAUGUUUACACACCACCACACUUAAGAAAUCAAAGGUCACACACAGCCCCAAGUAUAGACCAAGCCGCAGCUACCGAUACUAUCGAACCUGUGCCUUCAGGCUGCCAAGUGCCAAAUAGUGAUAGUGUAACAACAUUAAGUGAUAAUAGUUAUGAAUUAGAAGUAGGGGAGAAUUUUUAUAUAGGAGAUUAUUUUACUAACGGACAAUUAGGAUUUUAUGCUCCACCGUAUUACAGUGAAUACGUAGAAAACGCUAAUAACGGCUGGAGAACAAAUGAACCGGAAGGAAAAAUGGCUGUAAAUGAAGCGAAUCAUUCGAAUAUUUUAGAUAAUGAUUAUAAGUAUAAUAAAGAUGAAGAUAUUGAGAAGAAAGAGUUAAAACGUGCGUCACAAGAAAUCAAUCGAAGUAGCAAAAGAAUUAUCAAACAAAGUUUCCAUUCUGACGUCCUGGUCAUUUCCGAUCCUGUGGAAGAACCAAGGAAGGAAAAUGUUAUUACCGAACCUGAACGAGAAGAAAAAGAACCCGAACCGAAGAAAUUAAAACCGAAAUUGGAAUCAAAAGUGUCUUUAAAGCGUGAAGAGAACGAUUGGGACGCCGUUUUCGAUGAUAGUGGAGAGUGUUUGGAUCCCUCGUUAUUAGAAGAAUUGACAUCAACUGUUGGCAAAGUUCAUAUCAGUAAACCGAAAAACAAUUACGAUCAAUAUCAAACACGAGGUCAAGCAUUAUUCAAUGGACCAUACGACGAGACUUUUGCGCAUGUGGUUGAAGUGUACGACUUUCCAAGUGAGUUUAAGACCAACGAUUUGCUGGCACUGUUCAGUGAAUACAAAGACACUGGCUUCGAGAUCAAGUGGGUGGACGACACUCACGCGUUGAUCGUCUUCAGCAGCGCCAAGAUAGCUGCGGAGGUGCUGUCAACGCAGCGAUCGCUAGCACGGUGCCGGCCUCUUCACGCCGCCACUUUGGACUCCCGAAAUAAGGCCAAAAAAUGCGCCGAAUUUCUUCAACCUUACAGACAACGGCCAGAAACCUGCACUGCCCUGGCUAGACGGUUGGUUUCCGGUGCACUCGGCGUAAAGCUAAGUACAGCACAAGAAGAGCGAGCUGAGGAGAGGAGACUGAUCACUAUUGCUAGAGGUAUGCAAUUUUAAGGCUAAGUCCGGACAAUCACCGCCACUUUA